AUGUCCGACCAGGAUUUGAAAAACGCGAUUCUCCGACUCACCGAACUGGUAGUCAACCAACAAGAGCAGAUUCAACUCCUCAAGCGAACCGGCCAAGCCAGCCAACCGGGAAGCGAGAAGAUAAUCAAAUCGUUAGCCACGGGAAUUGAAGAUUUUUACUACGAUCCUGACGGUGGAGUGUUCUUCGAGGCAUGGUUUGCUCGCUACGAAGAUGUCUUCAAGGCCGACGGCAAGAAUCUAGACGAUCCAGCGAAGUUCCACGAGCGAUACGUAAAUAGUAUCCUGUCAAGACAUCCCCGCGAUAUUGGCCUGGACGAAACGGUGAAGAAACUUAAGAAACUUUUUGGCCAUCAAACCUCGCUGAUCAACGAUCGUUACCGUUGUCUCCAGUAUACUAAGAACGAAGCAGACGAUUUUCCAAGUUAUGCUGCCUUUGUGAACAAGCAUUGCGAAGCAUUCCAACUCACCAAGCUCACCGAUGAUCAAUUUAAGGCGCUACGUUUUGUUUGCGGUCUACAAUCUCCCCGCGAUGCAGACAACCGAACUCGAUUGAUCGGCAAAUUGGAAGCUGAAGAGCAUGCUCCGCCAGCAGACGGCACAAAGCUAACCUUGGAAAAUCUCGUCGAGGAGUGUCAUCGGUUCAACAAUCCAAACCAGGUUACCAAGUUGGUAGAGAAGCCCGUUCCGGAAAAAUCCGUCGUCAACGCUGUUUCCACCAAGCCUGCUAAGGAAAAACAACCGAAAUCUCCGUGCUGGUUUUGCGGUGAUUUACAUUUCGUAAAGGAAUGUUCCUAUCAAGACCACAAUUGCAACAAGUGCAAACGAAAAGGGCAUAAAGAAGGUUACUGCUCGUCCGCUGAAUCAAAAUCAAAGCCAGCAAAGAAGUUCGAAAAACAAAAGUACAAGGCAUUUGUGAAGUCCAAAGGAAUUUUAGUGAAACGCAUCGAUCUUCAAGGGAAGAGGAAAUACGUUACUGUUGGAAUCAAUGGCAAAGAAGCUGUCCUUCAGUUAGAUUGCGCUUCUGAUACCACCAUUAUUUCUACGCAGACCUGGAAGGCGAUCAGCGAAACUGACAUAACUGCCAUCAGCGCUUCCGGAGACAAGAUCAACAUUGCUGGUGAGUUCCUUGCAGACAUAACCAUCCGAAGCGUGACAAAAGCUGGCAUUGCCUAUGUGUCAUCAAACCCGGAUUUGAAUAAGCCGGAAGACAUUGAGCAAAAGCUGCGUACGAAGUUUCCGGAAGUGUUCCAGAGCACACUUGGCCGGUGUACUAAAGCAAAAGUUAAACUCUACCUGAAGCCCAACGCCCGUCCCGUGUACUGUCCCAAGAGACCAGUUGCAUAUGCUGCUCUUCCCAAUCCUCCGAUAGUAGUGGUCCGUAAGCCAGACAACGUUUCUGUCCAUAUCUGUGGCGACUAUUCUACAGAGUUAAACAAUGCGCUAGAAUCAGAUGCCCAUCCGCUACCACAUCCAGAUAAUAUUUUUGCUGAUCUAGCUGGCUGCCGUUGUUCCUCCCAACUCAAUUUUUCUGAUGCGUACCUGCAAGUCGAGAUUGAAGAGGAAUCACAAAAGUAUCUGUCGAUAAACACUCAUCGAGGACUGUUCAAAUACAACCGUCUGCCGCUCCUCCGCUCCUGGUGCCUUCCAAAGGAUUAUUGA